CCGGUCGUACGUCACACCUGUAGGUACAUCAGUUCCCCAGCCUGUCCACUAACUUGCUGGGAGACUUUGGACGAGUUACUUAAUUUUCUGUUUCCCGAUUUCCUCAUCUGUAGAACCAGUAAGAAUAACAGAACGUGCCCUGUGGGGGGAUCGUGAGGUUAAAUGAGCUGAUACAGCGGUUUAGAACGUGCUUGCUUGGUUUAUAGAAGCCCUAAGCCAUAACUGUUGUUAUUUUCCCUGGGUAAACAGCCCUUGUGGGCUGCUCAAAAUGCCUUAAGGAGCUGAAGUUGCCUUCCUACAAAGGCCAGUCCCCUCAACUAAGUCUCAGAAGGUAUUUUGCUGACCUGAUUGCCAUUGUGAGCAAUCGCUUCACCCUCUGCCCUUCUGCCCGACAUCUUGCUGUCUAUUUGCUGGACUUAUUUAUGGAUCGAUAUGACAUCUCUAUCCAGCAGCUGCAUUUAGUUGCACUUUCCUGUCUGCUUUUAGCAAAAGAACCUUCUACUGACUACAUAAUGAGUUGGUUUAAUGAACUAAAGAUUCACAGGCAACUACUACAAAUGGGAAAGACUUUACUUCUGCAGUAGGCACAGCUCCAUGGUCAGCUGCAAACUUGACUCUGAUAAACCAGAUUUGUUACCUGAUGCAGAAUGUACUGGUGGGCCAUUUGGUGCCUCUUUCUUGUAGCUUCUUCCUGUAACUCCUUUCAUGUUAGUACCUUGACUGAAGAAAAAGAGGGUAAAUUUGAAGAAAAAGAAGAUAGCGUGCCUAAGCUGGAACAGCUCAACAGCCUGGGUUGUAUGACUAAUAUGAAUCUAGUAUUAACAAAGCAAAAUUUGCUACAUAUGGAACUGUUAUUAUUAGAAACCUUUCAGUGGAACCUCUGCCUUCCAACAGCUGCUCAUUUCAUUGAGUAUUAUCUCUCUGAAGCAGUACACGAAACAGAUCUUCAUGAUGGCUGGCCGAUGAUUUGCUUGGAAAAAACGAAACUCUACAUGGCCAAGUAUGCAGAUUAUUUCCUGGAAGUAUCUUUGCAAGAUUAUGCCUUUCUAAAUUAUGCACCUUCUUUAGUAGCUGCUGCAUGUGUGGCUUCUUCAAGGAUUAUACUUCGUCUUUCUCCAACGUGGCCCACAAGACUGCAUCGUCUUACUGCUUACUCCUGGGACUUUUUAGUGCAGUGCAUUGAACGGCUAUUGAUCGCACAUGAUAACGAUGUGAAAGAGGCCAACAAGCAGAGAGGACAGGCAGGGUCCCAGCCGGCGCAGCUGAGUGUGCUGCAGUCAGCCUCCCAACCCUCACGGCCGGUUCACUUUCAGCAGCCCCACUAUCUCCAUCAGACGCACCACACCUCCCUGCAGUACCGCCAUCCUGUAGCAGAACAGCCGAGCUGCCAGCAGAUUGGAUCUACCACACACACCUCGUCUUACACACUACAGACGUGUCCUGCUGGCUUCCAAACUAGUGUUCAGGGCCUUGGGCAUGUGCAGACUGGUGUUGGGAUGUCACUGGCAAUACCAGUAGAAGUGAAGCCCUGUCUGAAUGUUUCUUACAACCGGAGUUAUCAGAUAAACGAACAUUACCCUUGCAUUACUCCAUGCUUUGAAAGGUGAUUUUAUGUGAAGGUAAUUCCUGACGCAGACUGUUCUGUGACUUGAAGCUCUGGGGCAAGCUUUUUGUAAUCUUCUCUUCAAAAAGGAAAGGGAUUCAGAUUGCAUCAGAACUCUUCAGAUACCAGCAUCAGGAAGACAGAAUUUCCCUUUCAGUGCACCACGAAUACCUGGGAGGACUGAACAAACACUGCAAACACUUUAACAGUAUGUAUAUCGAAUCCUGUUAAAACACAUCCCUGUGUGACAAAAAUUUUAAGCCCUGGCUGAUGGUCCAAAUAUUUCAAAAAUACUCAAUACAACAGAAAAUUUGGACAGACUCUAAAUCGCCAUUUUGAGAUUUGACCUGUGGUGGGCUCUGGGCCUAAUGUUGGUUUAUACAUCAGAGACUAAUAUUUAUCUGUGGACUUGCCAAACGGUCUUUUUAUGAAGGAAAGUUACAGUAUUAAUUUUUGAAGAGGUCUUUUUUUUUUUUUCUUUUUAAUUCUGCAGUUUUGAGUUACAUUUUUGAUCUACAAAUGAAUUGUUGACUAAGUUUAAACUCAUGAAUUGCUAUGCUAUACCGAUCUGUGCAGUAAAAAAAAAAAUUUUUUUAGAUGAGUUAUAACUUCCUAUCACAGUAUGUAGGUAUCUGGAUUUAUGUACUAAAAUUAAGGGUGGAGUAGAUCUCUUAAAAUCAUGGUCAUAAAUUUUCAUUGUUUUUUUCACCCUAAGCGAUCAACCUCAAAUCUUUAGGAUUAAAACACAUUUAACUCAGGGAAUUUGUACUACUUGGAAACACUUAACUGUAAUGCAACAUGCUUUGGGAAUGUUAUAGUAUGAACUACCUGUAUAACAUAGGUUAAAAUACUCCUGCUAGGAUGUGUUUUCAACUGAGAACAUAAUUGUAGCUUAGAAUGAAUGAAGUGGUUCCUAUCACUCAUAAUCCAUACAUAGGUUUUGCAUUUCUCAGUGCAAUCAAUGAUUUAUACUCAGAUUUGAUAUUACACUCGAAGUUUUUUCAAGGAAGGCAUAACUGUAAAAUGUCAGUACUAGAAUAAAGUCCUGUAGGUUUAUUUUGAAGUGGAAUGUGGCCAGGGUAGUUCUCAGGUUGUGCUAGAGCAGCACUUUGUUCUGUGGAGGACAAGUUCUAUAAGCAGCCUUGCAAUCCAGCCAGUCUGUGUAUUAGGCAAAGGCCACUUGCAUAUAUUGGCCCCAGAACUGCCCUGGGACAUUUCACCGUGUGGGUAAUGAGUGAAAACAGCAAUAAGAAGUCAUUACAGCAAGGGCAAUUUGGGGGGGCGGGGAGAGUUCAGAGGGAAUAAAAAGUAAAAAGAAAGCAAGCAUUGUAAUAACUGAAACUAUACAUUGUGCUCUUAUCUGUGGGAGAAGAGAGAUUUGGUGGAGGGAAGCUUUCUGAUUUAAAAAUUAGUAAGGUGUGUCUUUUUGUUUGUGUUUUUUUUUUUUUUUUUAAAGAUAGCACUUGAAUAGAAGGGAAACUGCAUGGCAGGUAUGUGACUGCCACAAUAUGCAUUUGAAGACAAACUUAUUAUAAAGAUGUUGUGGGUAUGCAGCAGGAGUCUCCGUAAUCAAGCCAAUGGCUUCUGUUAGGAAGGGAAGGGACUCAACGCAGUAAUGGACUGAUCCAGAUGGCUCCAGUGGAUAAAUGUGGGUGGGUGGCUUCUGCCAGCAUGAAUUCCUAGAGAAUGUCCUCUCCUUAAAAGAAUGGUAAUCUUUAUAAUUAGAGUACAUAGGGCAUGAUGUGGAUUUAUGAGUCUGGUAGAUUAAAAAAAAAAAAAAACACUCAGGUAAGAACACUCACUCAUGGCAGUUUUCAAGCUUGAAAAUUGUUUUCUGAAAGUAUCAUCGCUUUUCCUCUUUACAGAAGGCUGCUAAUUGGAUUUUGGUAGUUCUUACCUCAAGAGAGUUUGAAUUAUUUGGGGGAAAGUGGGUUCAAAAGAGAAUAUAUCUUUCACAUUCACAUUCAGAACCCAGCACCUGGAGUCCAAUUUUCAGUAUUUUAACUACCUCAAUAAUGUUAUGAAUGUAAGAUAUUGGGAUAGAGAUCCCAACUUGAAACAACAACCGGUGCCUAUGGUAAUUUAAUGUCUUGUCAAAUGCUUUUAUUGAUUGGUUUAAAUGUCAUUCUUGUUAUAGAAGAAUAUGCCUUUUAAAAAGCUUAUAACACUUUCCCAGUUUGUAUUUAAAAAAGCUAAAGAACACUGGAUUAAUUUUGGGGGGGGGUAGAAUAAAAUAAUUAAUUGGUUACUAUUGCUGCAUACCCAGGGUGGGGUGGGAUGGGAUGGUUGGAGAAUCAGAACUAUUUUUAAAACAUUAGGUUUCAAUAUAAAUACAACUCACGACUGCUAGACUUGGGGGAUGAGGGUGGGGGGAGUUGUGUGGGUUUUGUUUUGUUUAAUUUAUUGGUUAGUCUUUAAAGUAGGUCAAUUUUCUUUUUUUUUUUUUUGAGAUUACUGGACCAUCAUUAAAUGUGUACUGUGAAGAGAUUAAUGAUAUGUAUAAAGGGCUUUACCAAAGUCCACUAAAUAAACACUACUCAAGUACAGACUGCAAACCAAAAUGUAUCUGUGUUGUGACAUUAAUUGCAAAUAGUGAGUAUGGUGCUAAAUUCUACACCAAUGGAAUUAGAUGAGUGCUAUGCACUUAAUUUUAAAAUAAAAUAGUUUUCAGUAAAA